AUGUCAAGGAACGCUAUUACCUAUGAAGAAGGUACACAAAUUAAAUCUCUUCCCAAAAACCCUAGUUUGCCUCUCCCCGCAGAUGAUCAUGAUGGAGAGCCAGUUCAUGGAGAUCCUGUCGAGAACCCUGACAACGUUAAUGAAUACGAAAAAGAGGAGGAGGAUAUGCCUGAUGAUGUAGGCUAUGAGGAAGAAUUGGCUGUGGAGGAAGAUGUAGUUGAGAGCGAGGAUGAACUGGCAGAUUUCAUCGUAGAUGAAGAUGAGAUUGGUCAUCUUAGGAAGAGAGACUAUAAGAAAAAGAAAUAUAUGGAAGACGCUAACGAAAUAUUUGGCGGCGAUGUCCAAAGGCUUAGAAGAGUGAAGAUAUCUGAAGAAAGCACUGGAAGCCCUCCGGUAGAUGAACGUAGCAUUGACGAAGAGAGCAGUUGGAAGUAGAGGUAUUUGGUUUCAUUCUCUCGUUAGAUUUUCCUAGAAUUUCUCGUUGGUUAUUACGCUAACCUAAACUGUAGACCAAGAGACAUUUAUAUAUGCAACACGGGUUUUAAUUUUCUUAAUUCAAAUGAGACAAACAACUUAUCUCUUUAGUCUUAAUCACUAUCUUUAGAUCAUUUAUAUUCUUAAUUUCUUUAAUAAAGUUGCGUAAUAUUCCACUAAAUCAAGUCAUUUUGUUCAGAAUGUAGUGAUGAUCAUGGUUUGACUUGAGAAAUUCAAUUCCUCUUUCUUUCUUUUCAAAUCCAAUCCAUCUUUAUUCUUUACGCUAUUAAUUACCGCAAUAUACAAAUCAGUCGAAUGCAUGUUCUAAUCCAAUUCUUUUUAACAUAACCGAAAGGGGAAACGAUUUAAACCAUAACAUCCGGUUAGCAUGUCGACCGUCCAAAAUCCAAAUACAUAGCCGUAUCUUGAACUUGAAAUCUAAUGUCUUCUCUUUGUCCUCUAUAACACAUUGCAUGUUUAUACUUCAAAUUUUGAAAGAUGUUAAAAAAAUUCUCAAGAAUGUCACAUUUCAUGUUUUGUACACAAUUUUGAAAGAUGUUAAAACUUAAAAUACACAAAACUCUCAAAUUUAAGCUCUCUAUUUGAAUUCACACCCCCAAU